AUGUCCAAGGAGCAGGAAAGACCUUACCCUGCAACAGAAUGUGAGGACUUAGUAAGAGCAAAAGAAUGGAGGCAAGAAAUUAUCGACGAAAUCUCCAGGAAGAUGGAGCAGAUUCAGAAUGCUGGUCUUGGAGAAUUCAAGCUGAUAGAUCUGAACGAUCAGAUUAACAUACUUCUACUUGAGAAGGGAGAAUGGGAUGAACAGAUCCAGAUCCUUGGGGGUCCUGAUUACAAGGAAAUUGGACCCAAGAUGAUGAAACUUGAGUGGAAAGAAGUUCCCGGAAACGAAAGAUAUAAAUAUUUUGGUGCCACUAAAGAUCUCCCUGGCAUCAGGGAAUUAUUUCAACAAGAAGGAUCCCCUCCUUGCAAGAAGAGACGACUCAGGCUGUUUAUCGAUGCUGAUUACUGCGGUUCACCCCCUCCUCUCAAGAAGAGACUACUCAGGCUGACGAAUGAUGUAGAUGAUGAUUGCCAUGGUUGUAAGGAUGAAGGCAUUGGUCUCAUUGUUGCUAAGGAAGAGGAGAUGGAGGAGAGAGUUCCUGAGGACACAGCAAUUGAGGAGGAGGAGGAAGUGGAAGAGGUGGAGAAAAUAGAGGAAGAUGUUGAGGAGGAGGAGGAAGUAGAUGUGGUGGAGGAGGAAAAACCAUAUUAUACCAGGAUGCAUGCAUUUGUUAAUAUUUUAUGUGUCUGGACCACACCUUUCACACUGCGAGACUUGGGGCUAUCAAUCCUGGUCAGCUGA